ACAGGGGUCCCGGUCCGGGGACUGGGACAUCCGUGGUACAGCUAAGAGGCGCAGAGCCCGCGGGGGCGCAAAUUGUGCUGCGGCGCCCGCCCGCUGAACGGCGUGGGCAGGCGGGCUGUGGGGCUCCUGGGCGCCCCGAGGGCAGAGCGCCUAGACUUCUCCCGGGGAGUCCCAACCCCUAGGAGCAUACAGAGAGAGCGCGCCGCAGCCGCACUGGACCUUGCGCUCAUCCCCCGCGCACCCCACUUCUGCACAAACUUUUCUGACGCCCUUGCCCGUGGGGGUCGCGAAGAGCGCUGGGGCUGCCCGCUGAGCUCCCGCCCCGCCAGACCCUAGCCAAACUGACCUGCUGCCUCUCGUAGCCUCAGUGGCGACCUCUCCAGGCCGGGCCAGGCACGGCACUCGAGGCGAGCGCGGCAACCACAGUCCCUCUCCCAAGGCUCCCGCGCCCCUCGGGGCAGCUGGGCGGGGUAAUGCCCUCGGUGAUGGAGAAGCCGAGCGCGGGCUCCGGGAUUCUGUCCCGCAGCCGGGCCAAGACGGCGCCCAACGGCGGGCAGCCCCACUCGGAGGAUGACAGCAGCGAGGAGGAGCAUUCGCACGACAGCAUGAUCCGCGUUGGAACCAAUUACCAGGCCGUAAUUCCGGAGUGCAAGCCUGAGAGCCCAGCACGCUACAGCAACAAGGAGCUGAAGGGCAUGCUGGUGUGGUCGCCCAACCACUGCGUGUCAGAUGCCAAGCUUGACAAGUACAUUGCAAUGGCCAAGGAGAAGCAUGGCUAUAACAUUGAGCAGGCCCUGGGCAUGCUUCUGUGGCACAAACACGAUGUGGAGAAGUCACUAGCCGACUUAGCCAACUUUACCCCCUUCCCUGACGAGUGGACAGUAGAGGACAAGGUGCUAUUUGAGCAAGCCUUUGGCUUCCACGGCAAGUGCUUCCAGCGGAUCCAGCAGAUGCUACCUGACAAGCUCAUUCCUAGCCUGGUGAAGUACUACUACUCUUGGAAGAAGACCCGCAGCCGAACUAGCGUGAUGGACAGACAGGCGCGGCGGCUGGGGGGUCGCAAGGACAAAGAAGACAGUGAUGAGCUAGAAGAAGGACGGGGAGCUGUAAGUGAGGGAGAGCCAGAUGCUGGAGACCCCAAGAGAGAGCCUCUGCCCUCUCGGCCCCUGAACGCACGCCCAGGCCCUGGGAAGAAGGAGGUGCAGGCAUCUCAGUACCGCCACCACCCUUUGCGAACCCGGCGACGCCCACCAAAGGGCAUGUACCUGAGUCCUGAGGGCCUCACUGCUGUGUCCGGGAGCCCGGACCUUGCCAACCUCACACUCCGAGGUCUUGACUCCCAGCUCAUCUCCCUCAAGCGCCAGGUGCAGAGUAUGAAACAGACCAAUAGCAGCCUCCGCCAAGCCCUGGAGGGCGGCAUUGACCCACUCCGUCCCCCUGAAGCCAACACCAAGUUCAACUCCCGCUGGACCACAGAUGAACAGCUGCUGGCUGUACAAGCCAUCCGUAGGUAUGGCAAAGACUUUGGGGCUAUUGCAGAGGUGAUUGGGAACAAGACUCUGACCCAGGUGAAGACCUUCUUUGUGAGCUACCGGCGCCGCUUCAAUCUGGAGGAGGUGCUGCAGGAAUGGGAGGCCGAGCAGGAUGGGGCCCCUGGAGCCCCGGUCCCCAUGGAGGAGGCUAGGAGAGGGGCUCCCUUGCCAGCCUCAGCCCUAGAGGAAGAUGAUGAGGUCCAGAUUACGUCUGUCUCAACAUCUAUGCCCCGAGGGGUGCCCCCUGCACCCCCUCCCCCUCCCCCUCCCACCUCACUGUCCCAGCCACCCCCACUGCUCAGGCCACCGCUGCCCCCAGCUCCCACUCUGCUC